AAAUGCGGUUUAAGAAUUAAAAAAGAGGCACAAGGGUAGAAACUAGAAGUAAAAGAAGAUGGUUCAAAGGCAUGCACUCUAGAUGAAAAUACGAUAUGUAUAAAAUCAUAAAAGACUUCACGCAGUGAAUGUAAAUGUAAAUGUAAAUGUAUCCAACUUCACAAACGUGACGUAUCUUCGCGUAUGCAUACCUUUCUCUACUUUGUACUUAUACAUAUUGAUUGUAAUAAGAAAGAGAGAGAAAGUUAGUAAAGAGACAAAAGAAUGUCACGAGACAGUGACAUAGUGCAUUUAUGAAUCCUUGGAAAAGAAACUCCGAACCCUAACUCUCUCUCCUUGUUGCGGCUGUAUAAAUACCACAUUAUUUUGAAGCAUGUGUCAACAAACGUGGAAAGCGAUCAUCUUCUUCUUUAUAGAUAAGAACCGUAGAACAGAUUUAAUUGAAUAUUAAUCAACGAUCAUGUCUCACAUCGCUGUUGAGAGGAACCGAAGAAGGCAGAUGAACGAGCAUCUUAAAUCCCUUCGUUCUUUGACACCUUGUUUCUACAUCAAAAGGGGAGAUCAAGCUUCAAUAAUCGGAGGAGUUAUCGAGUUCAUCAAAGAGAUGCAGCAAUUAGUGCAAGUUCUCGAGUCCAAGAAACGUCGCAAGACACUAAACCGGCCUUCUUCUCCUUAUGAUCACCAAACAGUCGAGCCAUCCAUCUUAGCUGCCACCCCUAACGCAACCACCAGAAUGCCGUUUAGUCAAAUCGAGAAUGUAAUGAGUCUAAUGACAACAAGCACUUUCAAGGAAGUUGGAGCAUGUCCCAACUCCCAUCAUGCAAACGUUGAAGCCAAGAUCUCAGGCUCUAACGUUGUAUUGAGAGUUGUCUCUUGGAGAUUUGAGGGCCAGCUGGUGAGGAUCAUAUCCGUCUUGGAGAAACUCUCUUUUCAGGUUCUUCACCUCAACAUUAGCUGCAUGGAAGAGUCUGUCUUGUACUUCUUCGUUGUCAAGAUAGGACUGGAGUGUCACUUAAGCUUGGAGGAGCUAACCCUUGAAGUUCAGAAAAGCUUUGUGCCUGAAGCCAUUGUCUAAAUCUAGCAACUAAAACCAAUGUACUAAUUAAUGUGCUUCGUUUACAUAAGCACAUGCACUUAAUACUUUGCUAGAAAUAAGCUCCUAUACCCUUAUCACACUUGUAUGUUUUUGUUGUGUCCCAACUGAAUCGAAGUUGUAAUUUUCCACAAAUAAAUCAUCAAAAAUUAUGCUCACCAGUUUUAUGCUUCCAUCAUGUAACGGAGUCUAAUCAUUAAAUUGAAAAUAUGAUCAUUUUUAUUAAAGUAUUUUUUAAUUUUCUUGUUUUUUAAAACGAUACACGCUAGUAUACACAUUAUGGUGUUUAAAUUUUUUUACUAGUACGCGGAGUCUUAUAGUAUAUGUUUCUAAUUUUGUAGGGCGAACAAAAAGAUAACAAACUUACGCAAAUUAUGAAUCGUAUGGACUUUUAAAAAAAAAACAGAAUGUGUGAAGAAUUAUCUGUAAUUCAACAGGAUGUCUUCUGCAUAUGGCUGAGCUUGUGCGAUGCACGCAUCCUUAUUGCAAGCCUCGUCGAUAAUUUUCCAGCUGAACUCCAUGUCUUCUUGGAUUGUCAAACUCUCGUAGUCAGGCUACUAGUUUUGGAUUAAUUCGACGACAUUCCCUGGGAUUGAUUGUCAAAACUUUUCCUUGAUCUCUUUUAAUUCUAUUCAUCGUUUAGCCAACUCUUUGGAAGAUGCACUUCUUAUGCCUCUUCCUUACUCUGUUCGUCGUAUACUUGAGCUACAAUAUGAAUUCCAUGACACAAAAAAAGGAAUCGUGGGUAAGAAAAAAAACAUACACAAUAGCAUGAUAACAUGUUAAAUAUCAGUAGAAACUAAAUAUAGGGAUCUCUUUCUUUCGUGUACAUGCACGUGAUCCCCUUUAAUAUCUAAAUAAAUUCGGAGCAAACAAACGAUGUUAAAAUUACAUUGUCUUAAUAUUCUAAAUAGAUCAGUACUGUAAUUGAUCUAUGGAAAAAUAUUGUAUAUGAUGGUUAUCUCUUUCUCAUUCAACAUAAUUCGAUUUGUUUAUCCAAAUUAGCCAUCCUUAUCUAGGAUUUUGCUUUUUAAGAUGACCAGAGAGUAUUGAUUAAAAAGAAGAGUCAGUGAUGAAAUAAUAGUUGUUAUAUUAUAAAACACGAAGGAAAAAGCAUAGAGAGGGCAUAAUUAAGUUUUUUAUAUAUAGGGCUUUACCUAAGCUAUGCAUUACGAAUAUAAUACAGAGUUCCAAAAAGAAAAAAAAUGUAAUAAGUGACACAUUGUAUGUGUUUGAAGUUGUUAAUGAUAAUAUUCAGAUGACAAAAAAAAAAAAGCGCA